GUUCCUUAGCCCUUUUCUAUUUGCUUUGGUGAUGGAUGAGUUGACGCAGUCCAUUCAGGGAAAUGUCCCAUGGUGUAUGUUAUUUGCGGAUGACAUAGUACUGAUUGAUGAGACGCGGGACAGAGUUAAUGCGAGGUUGGAGGUGUGGAGACAAACGCUGGAGUCCAAAGGGUUCAGGUUGAGUAGGACCAAAACAGAAUAUUUGGGGUGCAAAUUCAGUGAUGCAUUGGAUGAGGCAGAUGUGGAUGUGAGACUUGCCACACAGAUCAUUCCUAAGAAAGAAAGUUUUAAGUAUCUUGGGUCUGUAAUACAAGGAAGUGGUGACAUCGAUGAUGAUGUCACACAUCGCAUUGGGGUUGCGUGGAUGAAAUGGAGGCUUGCCUCUGGAGUCUUGUGUGAUAAGAAAAUCCCGCCUAAACUUAAAGGUAAGUUCUACAGAAAAACACCCAAUGGUACCAUUUCCAGAUUGAUUGUUAUUCUAAUUGCACUAGUGUUAUCUCCAUACAAUGUGGUUGAUUCUUCAAUUUUGAUGCCAAGUUUUGAUAACAAUCUUCCUAGCCAAAUUAUUUCAGAGCAUCCAGUAAACAUACUUUUAUACUCUGCCUCUGUGGAUGACUUCGAUGUUAGAGAUUGUUUCUUGCACUUCCAAGAGAUCAUGAAAGAGUCGAGUAUCAUACACCAACCUGUUGUGGAUCCUCUUGAAUCAGGGCAUCCUGCCCAAUCUGCAUCUGCAUAUCCCACCAUUUCCAGCGAUGAAGAUGAUGGGAAUAAGAGACUUCAAUUCACAGUUCCUCUUAUGUAUCUAAUAACCCUGAGUAAAGCUGUAUAG